AUGGAUUUGGGAUAUGGCCAAUGGAAAUAUAUUCAGUUGGGAAGUAGAGUUUCUUGUUUGAGAAACAGCAAGGGGACCAGUGUCAUUGGAUUGAAAAGGACAUUGGAGUGCAAGCCCGCCGAGUCCCGGAGGCAGCUGUCCUGGAAAGCUGGGAGGCGGCCGCGGGUGCCCCCGACUUUAAGACUCUGGUUGAGGCUUCGACCCAUCCUUGGGGCGGGGGAGAGAGCCGCCACAUAUCCGUCUUCCUCCGGACUGGCUCUAAUCACAUCUGGAUCCCAAGGGCAUUGGUGCGCAACGGAGCCCCGGGAGCUCCGCAGCCUCCUGCGAGGGGCAAAUUCCUUCAGUCCGGGGCAUUUUUCCCCUCUUCCUCUGACUUUGUGCCCAUCGGCUAAUUUGGGUUCAUGGAGCUCGGGUUUGUGGUUCCUCUUUGGACUUACAGUGACCUCCACCGCAGGGUUCUUGACUCCGUCCGUGCCUCGCCAGGAGCCUGGGGCAGCUGGAGGGGGCGGGGGCCCCAGGGUUCCCGCAGCCCGCGAAAGCGAUGGAGAAGAGAAUGAAAUGGUGGCAUUUGCGAAGAUCAGGGAACUGAGCCCGACUGGGGCGGGGCAGGACAAGGGAGAGGACGGGCCCAGGGAGCCCAGGCAUGCAUCAAUGGGGGCAGAAGGGAGCCUUGCGCGCAAGAGAGAAAAGCGCUGCACUUGCUACACUUACAAGGACAAAGAGUGCGUGUACUAUUGUCACCUGGACAUCAUCUGGAUCAAUACGCCCGAACGGACUGUACCAUAUGGGCUCUCCAAUUACAGAGGCAGCAUCCGGGGCAAGAGAUCUGCAGAUCCCAUAAGCAGGAGUUCACCAACAUUUAAAGGGUCACUGAACCGAUGUUCUUGCACAAAACAAGAUGAUGAUGCUUGCAUUCGUUUUUGCACCAGAACUGAGGACAACAGAAGCAAUUCAAGGACAGUAAAAACUCAUCAAGACAAAGACAUGAAACAGCCUCCUGAAAAGUGGCCCUGAUGGUACAAAUGCUGUAGGAACAGAGAUUAGUUGAAGGCAAGAAAAAAACACACAAGAAGACUCUAUCUGCAAUAAGAGAAACAAAUGAAUGCUUCAGGCAGCCAUCAGAUUUCACCAUGUGGUGUCCCUGCAUUCAUACUAUUCUAAAAAGAAGGGAAAGCGGCUGAAGAAUUUUACAUUCUGUGACACCUUGUUCUCCAACUGCUCCGACCACUGGGACACAUAGGAUUCAAAUUUCCAUUCUUCUCAGCCAAAGGAAUGAAUUUCACUGAGAAAACUAGCCAGUUUUCUCAUCGAAAUGACAUGCCCCAAUCCAAAGAGUAGCAAAAUAAAACUAGACAAGUUUCUCUAAUGGAUAAAAUACUCCCAGAUGUGCUCUGGAGGGCAUGGCAUGCAACAACUUUGUUUUCAGGCAGGAAGUUGCAUUUGGAGAAGUACAGCAAGUUAGAAAGACACUCACUUGCAUCUAUACAGAGAUUCACAUCCUAAAUAAGUAGAUAGCAAACUAUUUACAAAUGUAAACAAUGUCCUUACUAUAAUAAAUGGCCAAUAUCUAUGCAGAAAAUCACAGCUGAUAACUUGUAUCUGAAAAUAUACCAGGCUAGCAUCCUAUGCAAUUAUCCAUUUAGUAAGUUAUCCACAUUAGACACAAAUCAGAUCUACCCUGGUGGUUAUGAUUCUGAAGCUGACAGUACUUAAUGUACAGAAAUCUGGGAACAGUGUUACUCAUCAAGAGAAUGUAUCUCAAGGAUGAAAUCAUGUUUUGGGGAACAUUGAGACAAGAAAAUUAAUAUAUACACUUUUUCAAAUAUGCUAAGCUCCACAUGUAGCUGUUUCAUGUUUAACUGUAUUUUCCAUUUUCAUCUUUCCCAAAACAAAGAUGGCCCAUUGGAGGAUUAAUUUAAAUUCCAGCAUGAGUUGUUCUUGAAGAACUAACUAUGGAUAGGUGGGGAGGAGGAGGGGUGUUGGCUCAGGAUGUUCAAGUUCAAUAUUUGUUUUGUUCUGUUUUUUUUUUUAAUGGAUGUUCUGGGGAUGAUUUCAAAAGGACCCCCCACCCAACCCUACCCCUUCUUUGUAAAUUAUGUAAAUUCAUAUUUAACUAUAUAAUUGAAAAAAAAGCAACUUGGAAUUGUAACUUGUGGCUUUGUCUAUUCUGUUCCCUUUGGACUUAACUAUAAGCUUCUUUUGCUACAAGCAUCUUAAAAUGUCACUUUUACUCUUUGAGAUGUUUGGUGAAAGAGAUUGAACCCCUACUACACAGCACUGACUUUGGAAUUGGUGCUAAAGUAGAGUGGAAACAGUCAAUGUAUUGAGCAAAGGAGGGUAGGUCUUGUUUAAAAUGUUAUAUUCUUAAAAAAAACAAUGUUAUAUUCUAUAAGAAUAUUAUGUAAGUUAUUAUAGUUGUAAAAGUAAAUCUCUUUAUCACAAGUAAAUGGUAAGUUUCUGAUUUGAUAGCAAAUUUUGUACAUUUUAGAAAAGCAGAUUAUUUAUUGUGAAAACUAUUUACUGCAACUAUUUCUUUGGGUGGAUUUUUUAAAAAGUAAAGACACUGUAUAUAUAUUUUAAAAGAAUGUUUUUUGAAUUAAAAAAAAUACCCAGUAGAUCACAAAUUAUUUUGAAAAAUGCAUAUGUGCCAUUUGGCUAUAUGCUGUCUUUGGAAGGACUCAGUACUAUCAACACUCUGAACAUGAGAAUAGUCAAAUGCAAAAUAAACGCUCCUAACAUUAUCCUUCUAUUUUGAUCAUUAUGAGUUAACAUGUCAUCAUUCAUAUAUUUCACUCAAGAGAGGAAGUUUCAAGGCCACAUUUCUAUCAAGACCCAACUGUAGACCAGGAUGAGGAAUUAUUUGGGUAGUAGAGAAGCCAGGGGUUGUGACCAUCAGAGGAAAGUGGUUAAAAUGACUAAGGCAUUCAUGAGAUAAGUUUGAGAAGGGAUUCUGCAGGGGGGAUUCUUGUGAUAUUGUAUACCAUUCUUCACAACCAGGCAAAACACCUUUCUUUAGAAUCAUAGUCAAAUAGAUCAUGGGAUUUACCAUAGAGAUCAUCAUGUCCAACCCCAUAGGAUGUUCCAAGAAUGAUUUUAGGAGGUACAGCCAUUUCUAACUGUUGUAACACUUGACCAUAUUUUUUACUUUUUGAAUGAAUAUUUAACAUAUUACUUACACUGAUAUUCUUAUACUGCUUCAUUUUCAGAUGUGGAGUGGAGUCCUAUUACAGCUGUCUAGAAUUAGUAAACUUUAGGGGUGACUUUUCCAUAAAUCAAUGAUAGUGUUUUUACUUCUUUAAAACUGCUGUGUGGCCUUAGGCAAGUCACCAACUUUUUGAGUUUCAGUUCCUUCAUUUGUGAAAUUGAAUGGCUAGAUGAUAAAAGACCUUCAAAGUACCAUCUAGUUCAAACAUUCUGUGUUCUAAGUUCCCUCCUGACUUUGGCAUCCUGUGUAGCUAAUGGCAUUCCAUGUUUUAAAGGUCUUUCUAGUUCUAGUGUUUAGUGUUCCAAGGUUCAUUUUAGCUCCACCAUUCUCUGACUCUGUGAAAGGUAAUCAUGUGUAUCAGGAAGGAAUUUGGUUUCUUUAAUUUCCUCCCCUCUAAUUUCUUUAUGCCAAGUAGAGAACCAAGUCAACAGAUGAGGAAACAAAAACCUACCAUUAUAAUGUGGUUUGAUGAUGACCCGGAUAACAAAAAGUGUUCCUUUUUCUAAUUAAAAAAUGUACAAAUUGAGAUACCAAUUCAUUUUACCAAACCCUAAAGCCUUGAAUCUUGGGAAUCUAGUAAUAAUAUUCCAAUGAGAACAUGUGAGCCCCAUAAUGCAGAGGCUGGUGCAUCAAAAUCACCCAUUAUGAAGUGUAUUUUAAAAGCUUUAAGGGAGGUUGGAUGUUGUAGUGUAUAGAAAGUUGGCUUUUGAGUGAGAGGAUUUGGAUUUGAAUCAGCUCUGCUACUGGCUUUUUUGAGCAUUACACAAUGGUAAGGAUGAGACAGCUAGACUAGAAAACUGCUAAGGUUCCUUUCAGCUCUUAAUCUCUGGUUUUGUGAAUGUUCAGGUUGAACUAAUUCCUAUGUUAAAUGAUGACAUAGUACAUAUUAAAUAACCAAAUUUUAAAAGAGAGCUCAAAGCCCAGGGACUGUGAAUGUGAAAUUAAAAAUGGAGAAGGAAAUACACAAAUAAGAAUUUGGGCACAAACACUAUGCUGGGUUCUGUUCUCACCACAGGAUUUUUGAGGCCUUCAUUUCUAUAAAAGCUAGGAUGAAGGACAGUUAUCACCAGCCUUUUCUAAAUGGCUGUGCCUGGGCUUUGGGGCCAGUUGCAGUCAAGAAAUUUUAUGAGACUCAAUAAGAAUUCAAACAGAUAAGUCAAGUUAACAAACAUGUUUUAAGUACAUACUAUGUGCCAGGGACUGUGCUAAGUACUUGGGAGGCAAAUAUAAGAAAAAAGACAGUCAUUGCCCCAAAAGACUUUACAUUGUAAUGAGGGAAGACAAGACAUAAAUGAGGGCUGAAGGGAUGGGGUUGGUGAAAGAAGAUAUCUCUAUAGGAACAUGGUUGCAAAGUCUGGAGAAGGAAGUAAGACUGAUUUGGACUUUUCUUUAAAUUAGAGAUUCUGGUGGAAACUUAAGGAAUGGAAAAAGGGGGUCAGAGGAACAAUAAUAAAAUUAUGUCUUAUUUAUAUAUUUUAAGGCAAAAUAUAUUGACAAUUGGAGUUUUAUGCAAUUCUGUAUAAAAAUAAUAUCCCUUAUAUUGAAGGUUUAAAAAAACCAACUAUACUCUUUAGGCAAGUCAUUAAA